AUGGUGGUUGCAGAGGUGCCAAGCGUCGAGGCAGCAGCUGUGGAGGUGCCAAGUGCUGAGGCGGCCGCUCCAGAAUCGCGUUUAGCGGCCUUGACCGGGCCCCCAUUUGCGGUAGUGGCCGUGCCUUCGUUGGCUGCCAUGGUCCCAGUCAGGCCGCCGCCGGUCACUCCCCGUCGUCCCAGCGGCAUUGUGAUCCACUCACCCCCCAGAGCGUCUUUGCCUCUGACCGUGGCCGUUGUCUCAGCUACGAUGGCCGUGACUCAAGAACCAUUGGCCGAGGAUGAUAUUGCGGUUGUUGACCCCCUGGCCACCGCCACUCCAAUUUUAACUCCAACCGUCUCAGUCAGCAUGUCCAUGCCGCAGCUGCCUUUAUCUCAGGAGUCAACGGUCAUGACCGAGCUCGCGGUCACCGAGACCUUCGUCGUGCCACCGGCCGCUGAGCCCACCACCUCAGAUGACCUCGCCGAACUGUACACCAGCCUUCACGAGGAGGGAUGUAGCUCGGUUUCGAACCCCCUAGACGAGGAUUCUAGGGCUUCUAUUGAGCGGCUCCGAGAGUUCCUCUUCUUGGGAGUGCACGAAAUGACCACGGCCGAGGCUUUCAUGGAGUUCAGGUUUUCUCUGGAUACGGCCAUGGCGCUGGGUCUGCUGGACUCGGCUAAGCUCCGAGAGCUACAGGUUUGCUUGGCCGAGGGCAAGAGAUGA